GGCGCGUGUCGCCAAGGCUGUGCUGCUUUGCGUAUACAUCUUCCUUGGCGUAUCAACUAGAAAAAUUCCCCCACCCCAUAUCGAAAACGAAAUUUGUGAUGCUGUAUUUGAGUACACAAAUCGACUUGUAAUGCUAGAAGGCCAAGAGCCGCAGUCAUGGCCUCGUUUGCAGGCAAUUUGUCAUGCUGUUUCCCACUUCCAGUUGCUUCCUGUCAUGCUGAAGAUGCAAGGAUAUGGGGAGGGGAGAUUUUUCUUCUUGAUAUGGCGCGUCUAUGAUGUUGUCCGUGGAGAUCACGAAGAGCGUAUGCAUUGCAAAUAUGCCUGGGUCUGGAAGAGGGUAACUUGUCAUGCUACAUCUGGAUCGUGGAAAAAUUUGUGUUGCAUCAUUGCCAAAAGAGGUCCACUUUUGAACAAGUUUACAGGCAGUUUCUCAUGCAGAAAAGGCAUGAAAAAGAUCUCACAGAACCUAUCAUGCCAGGCCGUGCAUGCCAGUCCGCGUGGGUCAUGGAAAACCUGCAUGACAAACCUGGCAAUCUUCCAGACCCAAACAUUUUUGCAUUUGAUAGAGCGCGAAAACCAACAAAAUUGAAUACAGCACGCAACAGGCCGUCCU